AGACCUGAAUCCGAAGCAAGGACGUCCUUCAAAUCAGAGGCAGGGUAGGUAAAUAGGUACAGUUUCAGAACACGCGGGAAUGCCAUUAGAGGGAAGGUGGAGGGAGGUACGUGGAUGUCUGCAAGCAGGUAGGAAGGAGGUAGGUAGGUAGGUAAAUGGGUAAGUAGGUAGGUGGUUCCCGACACGGUAGGUAAUAACAGAAGGGGGGAGAUCAGCCCACUACCCACCCGGUUAUGGCCGUCGUCGUCUCCUCCAUUACGCAUCUCACGACGCCGCCUUCCUCGAAGGCUCCUGCACACCUCCCAUGGCUCCAUUACUCGUCUGCGUGAAGACUACACUGUGAAGGAAACCUCCGUUGUUGUUUUCAUGCUCUGCUUAGUCGUCGUCUUCCUCUUCUGCUUCGCUGCCACAGCCGGUAUUCUAUCUGCAGCUUUCCGUUCUUUCUUUGCGCACCAUUGGCCGCACACCUUCCGCUCCUUUUGCUGUUCUAAAAACCAAAACUCGCGAGACUAUUCCGAACGUUUACUUUCAUAUUACCACGGUUUGGACAGUCGAAGUGGUAGUGGGCGCGACAGGCCCUUUCGGUGCGACUUUUGGUGGAGGAGUUGUGGUGCGCUUAUGUUCCGUUUCCGCGUGGAUCAGGAUACGAGACAGGGAUGAGCAGUGGCGUGCGAUUGAGAUUAUGCUUGCAACUGCCGCAUUGCUAGCUGGUGUGUAAUGAUAUUUUUAAAGGUGUGUCAGCGACAGGUUUAAGUACUUGGCGACUGUUAGACGCUUGAGUCUGCAUAACAUCCUCGUGGCGAGACUUUCUAUAUCAGUGAUUGCCCACGGAAGAUACUGAGUGUCGGCGGAUGAGUCCAUAUGGUUGUCAGCUUAGGAAAGAGUAUCAGGUAGUGCCAAGAGACACUUUGUAAGUGCAAACUAGACUCCAACGGUUCAGUAGUUGGCGUUGGCGGUAUCUGUUCAUUCAGCAUACUAUAGCAGAGGGUGCGACAGUUUCAACGGAAAGGGGUGCAACUGAAAAUGGGGAGUGGCUCGCCUGCUAAGUCGGGAAGCAGCUCAGGGAAGAAGAUGAGUAUGGCAAGUGCGCAUUUAUGGGAAAAGUUGGCACACUUAAAAGCCGACAUUUCUCUUGGGCUUUAUCGACUUGCACAUCCUAAGCUUCCCAAGGAGGAUCACGAAGUAGCGCAGGAAAGCAACAUAGUCCAGAAAUCGGUUGCCACAGAGAGAAGGCGGCAACAGGAGGCAAAGGCACGCGCUAUUGCCCAAGAGAAAAAAAUUGCCAAGAAAAAGGCGCAGGCAAUGCGGGCAGGGUUUUCAGCACCAUUAUAAACUGGAAUAGUUAUAGGAAUUGUACAGUGGAAUCUCGAUUUGGAUACCUUUGGAGCCAGCAUCUCCUAUCUGGUUGGAGGAUCUGGUUGUUUUGUUGUGAUAAGAAUGUUUGUGCAUUCUAGAGAGCCAGGUGCGUAAUUUGUGCUGUUGCUGGUACAGUGACCUCUUUUGUCACGCUACUCAUGUCUACACCGAAUUUGAAAAGCUUUUCUUUGAAGCAAUAAUAUUUCAGUUCGAGCAAUGUAA